AUGGCAACUAUUCAUGAUUUAGACAAAAGAACUGGUGAAAACAUGGGAGAACAAACCCUGAGUUGGAUUGGUGAUGGUGAAGGGAGAACAAACCCUGAGUUGAAUCUCAAACUUGGCCUUUCUAACUCUUAUUCUAUUGAUCAAGCUGAGAAAAAUCUCAUCAAUGGUGGUUCUACAACUCCUGAUGCCAGAAUCAAUUUCAACACCAGACAAACAAGUAAACCUCGCUUGGAUCUCAGGGUGCCCAAACAAAAGGAGGAUUUAAGAAGGCUAAAGCGGAUGAUGUCAAAUCGAGUUUCUUCAGAGAAGUAUAGAAAGAAAAAGAUGCUCUACAUGGACCAUUUGGAAAAUCAAUUAAGAACUCUCCGGAACAUAGCAGAAGGGAAUAGACUGAGAGAGCUUCGAAUAAAUCAAUUGAAAGAUACACAAGAUGCAAAUUCGGAUGAAUCUCCUCAAAUAGACUUUCUUCUCAAAGAACAAGGCAGAAGAAGAGAAAAUGAAGGACAAUCUUCACAGAUAGCCAAAGAGGCAACGCAGAUGGAGAUAGCUGUUGUGGCGGGUAUGCAUGAAAGUGAUGGAUCAGACGAAACUUGCAAACCAUCUGCUCCCAAUCCCUAUCCCUACUUAGCCAUUUACAUCAAACUCGUUGCUUUUGUCGCUGAGAUAUUGAAUAAGACUUUAUUUCUGGAGAUGCCUACAGAGAAUGAAACAGAAAUCUUUAUGGCAUGGCAUCUCACUUGA